AUGUUUACUAGAAAAUUGGACGUCUUUGCAGCGGACUUUGUUAAGUUCAUGCUAGAAGCACCGAUGACUAAGCUCAAUUCCAGUUCCUAUAUACUGGUCUACAAAGAUCGUGUUCAAAAUCUCCAAAUUUGGCUCAGGUUACUGCUCUUACAUAUCUUAUGCCACAAUAUCCACAAUGAAAGCUUGGUAAUCUUUGAUCUUGUAGUCAAUGAGUUUUGGUCGUUCGUUGACUCGUUAGACAACCGAGAAAUGAAUGAAGAUUUGGGCAAAGAAUUUGAUCUUGCUAUAUCUCAGUUGGUGCAAAAGAUGAAGCCUCUGGCAUCAGAGAUCUCAGUGAUGGCUAUCAAGAUGCAAAAGCCAACACCAGUGCUCUUUUCCCACAUUGAUAGUAUUGGAUGUAUAGAUUUGGUGUCACAAAAUUUGCAGAGAUUGUUGGAUCAUAGGAUUGAUUUAAUUUCUCCGGUAACACAUCAGAUUGAAGUUGUACUGGCUGAGAUUAAAAUUUACAAACCUUUUCUCGAAGAUAGUGUUGACCAACAAGGCGAGUUAUGUAAGGAAAUGGUAGAUGUUUGCACACAUAUGACUGGUUUAUUUGCUAAAUUUGAGUAUCUUGUUGACACUCAACUGGUUGAUCCUUCUCCGACAUGUGAGGAUCAGUUAGGCGAUGUCGUUCAAAACAUCAAGUUCUUCAAUGAAAUUGUUGAAUUUGUGUACAUCCGCAAAGAAAAGAAGGAUGUCAGAAGUGAUUGUCAAACAUCAAAACCUAGCACGCCAAUCAUUGAUGAAGCAGUUGUGGGCUUGGAGGAUCAGAUAGAAAUAUUAAUGGCACGGCUAACUGGUGGAGAGGCCAAUCGUAAAAUUAUUCCUAUCAUUGGUAUGCCGGGGAUUGGUAAGACAACACUCGCCAAAAGAAUUUACAAUGACAGAAGAACUUCAGAUCACUUUGAUAUUCAGGCAUGGUGUUCUGUUUCUCCUAGACAUACGGCGAGUGAGUUGGUGCAAGAUAUUUUAAUAUCUAUCGUUGAUCUGAACGAUGACAUUUACAAGUCAAAGGAUCUAGAGAAACAUUCUCCUGACCUUGUACGCCGACGGUUACUUGGGAGAAGAUACCUUAUUGUUUUAGAUGAAAUGUGGAACUCUCAAAUACUUGAGGAUUUGCAGCCGUGUUUUCCAGAUAAUCAAAACGGAAGCCGAGUUCUAGUUACCACUGGCCAAAAAACUGAAAAUCCACCUUUUGAGGAACCUCAUUCUGUUCGGUUGUUGACUCCGGAAGAAAGUUGGGAGCUCUUACAAGUGAAGUAUAAUCACCUUCGCUGUAGUCAAGGAGAAUCUCGCAAACCCCCAAUUCCUAAUGAGAACUGUCCUGCUGAAGUUGGGAUGGAAAUUGCGGUAAAAUGUGAAGGGCUACCUCUGGCCAUUGUUCUGGUAGCUGGGUUUCUUGUCAAUACAGAGGAUGACAAAGAUUGGCUAACCAUUACUACACAGGCUUUCACUUCAAAAACUUAUGGUGUAGACUGCAAUGAAAUAAUAAAUUUGAGCUACAAAAAUAUGCCAGCUUAUCUAAGACAAUGCUUUCUAUAUUUUGCAGCAUUCCCGGAGAGUACAGAAAUUCCAGUUUCAAAACUAAAAUGGUUAUGGGUUAGUGAAGGAUUUGUAAAGAAAGAUGAGGUGAAGAAACCAGAGGAGGUAGCAGAUGAUUACCUGAAUGAUCUUAUGGGGAGGAGCCUCGUAAUGGAAGCCAAAAGAAGUUCAAACGGCAAGCUGAAAUCAUGUCGCGUUCAUGAUUGUCUAUAUCAUUUCUGUUGGGAUAGAUCUAUAGGUGAAAAUUUCUUGCCAGUGGCAUGGCCGUUUCAGAAUUUUUAUCUGGAUACACGUCUUGUCGGUCCCCGCACAGUGAUAUAUCCUUUUCAACCUUGUUGGCCCCGCUCCUGGCGAAGUCGUCUCCCAGAAGAUAGUCUAUUUGGUCACAUUGGUCGGCUUGUUCGAGUCUUGGAUUUGGGGUGCAUCUAUUGA